GGACUGGUGGUUCGGGUUUGCGGUGCAGCAGUCGCGCGCGAGCGGCCGUUGGGCCGUAUUAUUCGAGAGAUCAAACAGACCGUAUACAUGUAAAUCAUUAAAACACAAAAGUGUGAAAACAAAUAGCCCUAUAAAUGUAAGAGAGACAGCAAUAAAAAUAACCGGAAAAAAUAAUAGCGCAAAUCCAAGAAGAAAGAUAAACAAAAUUAUAAGGAGAAGAGAAACCAAGAUUUUCUCGUGGCGCCGGGGCAACGGAAAGUGGAGGGGGAAAGAAAGGAAGAAAGAGAAAACGCGCGCGCGAAGACCGCAGUGGACAGGUGUCUCUCUUCCUCCAUCUCUCUUUCUCUCUCGCACUUUCUUCCUUUCCACUUCUCGCUCUUUGUCCGCGAAACAUAGUUUGGUGUGCGUGUCGAACGUGUAACCGGCUAAACAUGGCCGCCGCGGGUGUAACGUGUCGUGCAUUCGUCGUUCUCAGAUUCGAAAUUACUCGUGCAUUUAGUGUUGCGUCUGUCAACACACCGAGGAAAUAUCGAAACGAAACCACUUGGUGCAGGAGGACUAUCUCCCACAGAGGAUUGUCGACGACAAGGGGAGCAUUCGCCCCAACCCUGAGUCCAAUCCUUACCAAGGAAUCUCACGAUUACAAGGAUACCAAGAGCCACAAAGACGCGAACCACUCGAAGGCUUCCAAAGACGACAUCGCGCCUGACAGCACGGCAGCACCCGUGGCUACAAAAGCGAAGCGCGUUGAUCGAAAGAAGCACGAAAAGCUCAAUGAUGUUAUCGUCGAGUAUCAUCGGGGAUUGCCAAGAAUCACUGUACCAUUGCCCUCAAGGAAAGAAAAAUGCAUUUUUACUCUAAAACCAAUCACGAACACCGUCGCCGAUUUCAUCGACAUGCUGAAGCUCGAAGAUCGGGGAAUCGACAGAGCUGUAAUCACGACGAUAGACGGAACUAGGAUAGCUUGUGGGAACACGAUAGAGUCGCUUCUUGAAGCUGAUUUCAAAUUGGUCAUCAACGACGUGACUUACGAUGUUUCUCCACCGAAUCAAGAAUUUUUUUCUGCGGAAAGCGUGGAUCAACUCGCGGAUGUUAAAACCGUUGUAGGACAACUGUAUCAGACACUAAACUGCCAUGAACACAAUUCUGUGCUGGAACGAGAAGUGAUGGCUCAGUUGGAACAAGUUAUGCUGGAACUGGAGCCUCUCGAACUGAAACGUCAAGAACUCGAGGCCUCGGCCGAAAGGAGAGCAAAUAUUCAACCCUGGCUCGGUUUGGUUGCAAUGGCUGUGCAAUUUGGAAUCCUGGCGAGAUUGACCUGGUGGGAAUACUCGUGGGACAUCAUGGAGCCUGUCACGUAUUUUGUUACUUAUGGAACCGGCAUGAUUUGCUACAUCUACUUUAUCCUCACGAGGCAGGAAUACAUGUUACCGGACGUGCUCAACAGGCGAUAUCUCGUAGUGCUUCACAAGAGAGCGAAAAAGAUGGGCCUCGAUCUCAAUCACUACAACGCCCUUAAGGAACAGGCCUACGAACUAGAAACAACCCUCAAGAUAAUACGCGGUCCUUUGUGGAAGCACAAAAAUUUGGUCGAACAGAAACGACGUGAAAGAUUAAGAUCGAGCUCGAGCAGUAGUUCUUCGAGGUCACCAAGCUCGUCGCCUAGUCCCAGUCCGAGUCCAAGUCCUAGUCGUAAAAGCACUGCUCACACGUGAAUCCCUAUAAAUUCAUAGGCGAACGAAAGGGGAAAAAAUAUAUUGGAGGGGGAGAAGAAAAAGAGAGAAAGGGACAGUAACAACAUUCAAAUAUUAGCGAUGUACGAAGAGUAACGUGAAUCUCAAAAAAUGGUUUACAGUGUCGAAAAUGAAAAUUUCAUUGCUAUAGGAUAACGAAUGGAGAAGUGACGAUUUGUCGAAAGUAUAUGAUAUACAUCGAAAAAAAACAAAUGAAGUUCUAUGAUAGUAAGACUAACGAUGAUACCGAUUGCGAUAAACGAAAAAACAGGAAAAAACUCAUUUUGCGUAGAAUUGAAUAUCCUCGACACGGAUCUUGAAGAAUUACGACACAAUCUCCAACCCACUUCGACCAAAAAUCAAUAAUAAUAUUACUAUUAUUAUUAAAUCCGUAACAAUAUAAUGGGAAAUACGAUUGAGCGUUUAUAAUUUAUUCUCAUGUAAUCAGUCAUUGUUUUUUUCGUUACUUGUAUUUUAAAUGAGUUCAUUAUGUAUAAUCCGAAAUGUGAAAUAUUCGAUAUUUUUCAAGUCCCAAACACGACGUAGAGAAAAAGCAUUGACUUUUUUUGCUAAAUUCAAAAAUUAAGUUAUAUUUAAAAAUAUAUUCGUUCGGGUCACGGAAUAUCAUGAACUUUUUGAAAAGUUUGAAAACUCCGGACGAUUUUUUUUUUCUUCGAAAAAUAGUGACCGAGUGCUAGGGGAAUAGCAUUUAAAAUGCUUGGAACAAUUAAUCCUCACGAUUUAAACUUAGUCCUUCAAAACCUUCGAGAAUAUUAUAAUAUUUCGAGAGCGAGUACAGUCGAAGGUCCCAUACGAAUUUCGUUAGUUUAAUAACGGGCCAACACUUUAAAGCCAAUUCUAUAAAAUUGGCUAGCUCAAGGCUCGUAAUGAAGAAAAAAAUAUUAAAAUAUUUAAAAGAAAACCAGUUAAAAGAUGUUGAACAGGAAACUGACAAUUUUUGUGCGAAACGGGGCUACCAUCGUGUUAUUGAAGUUAUUAUCGUUGCAACCCAACGAAAGUUUACUUGAUCAAUUUUUUAAUUUUAUAAUCUAUCUACAUUUUUUUUAUGAAUUUACUCCAUGGGCCCCUGAAAACACAUACACACGCGCAAACACAAAACCUUCAAUCAAUUGUCGUAGCUUCAACUAAAAAAUCAACCCCAUUUAAAAAUGGCGGUAUGAGAACGCAUGGUUUGUUUUCAAUUAUGCGAAAUCCAAUCUCGUCUACUAAUAUCGAUUUCUAAAUGCCAUAUAUCGACACUAGUCGACAAUUAUCGUCUAUUUACAACAGAGGCAACCUCAUCAAUUGUCUUUAUAGUCCUUAAAAUUAACGCAAACUUGAUAAAAAAAAUUAACAUGAAAAUAUCUACGUUUGAUUUGUAGAGACGUUCACGCCAGAUCUAUCUUCGUUUUGUUUGAAUUCUUAGAAUUGUAUCAUAUAAUUUUAUUCAAAUGAAAAAGUAUAAUUCAUCUCGUUGAUUCGAGAAUCGAAAUGAUUGAUUACUCAACUUGUCUGGUACAAAUUGAUCAACUUUUUUCAUCGAUCCCUCAAUAAAUGAGAAUUUUUCAUUGAACAGAAAUCUUCUCGAUCCAAUCAUGCUUUCCCGUUACAUGGCGUUGUACCAUAGAAUGAAUUUUACAGAAUUGACAUGCAGCAUAACAAUUAAAGCAGUUUUUGAAAUAUGAGUCGAAAUCUUUUCAUGUUUCUUCGGUCCAAUCCACAACAUUACAAAUCGACCUUUGACCAGCGUUCUCAAUUAAUUCGUCAUUACAAAAUCAUGAUAUACACAUAUACGGGGCAAUGAGGGUUGAAUUUAUCAUUUUUAUUUGUAUAUCAGAAAAAGAAAAUGAACUACGAAAAUUACUAAAUCUUAUCAAUGUACUUAAUGCCACUACAUCACGAAAUUAUCGAGGAUAAAAUAUUUUUAAGAUAAUAUCGACAGAUGGAAAUCCAUUAACUACUUAUCACACAAAAUUAAUAUAUUUAAAUCGUUAUAUAAAAUGUAUAACAAUAUAUAUAUUCAGGGUUCAUGACUAAAACUCCAAUCGAAUCCAAUCAAUAAUAUUUCAUUUUGAAAAACUGUAUAUUUGGUUAUCGUAUUUAAUUCAUUUUAUAAAUUGAUAAAUUAUAUCCCUCGAAGGAGUAACCUAUGAAAUUCAUAACUGAGAUAAGCGAAUGAAGAAUUCUUGUGUUAUCAGUACUGCAUUUUUCAUUUCAUUUGUCCGAUUAGUUAAAUUUCUUAAUAUUAUUGAAAACAAAUAUUUUUUUGGAAUAUGUUUCAUCCUCGACAAUUGAAUCUUGAGACUUUCAAAAUACAUUGUACAAAUUUGGAUUAUUUUUCAACUCUAUCCCAAACUUAAAUCUACAUCUCAACGAUACUACUGCGAAUCGAUUUUCAAACACUAUACAAACGUUUUUUCUCAGUGAAUUAAAAUUUAGCCAAUCGCUACCACUCACUGCUAUAAUUAGAAUUACGAUAUCUUAACAUACUCUCUCUAUAACUGAACGAGUUUCUUCCGCAAAGAUUUUUUUCCAAUUAUACGUAAUAGGGGCGUGUCCUUCAGUUUGUUACAUUUUCCUAGUGUUUUCUCGGCAACCUGUUAUUUCAGUGGAAAUCUGAAUCGAUAAUAUUCUUUUCCUACAAAUACUUUCUCAAUCCAGUGACACAGUGACACGUCCUUGAAUUGUAACGUACAUGAAUACUCUUCUUCAGAACAAACUAUGCGUGAUAAAUUGUAAUGUCGCUUCGUACAAAAUGUCUCGUCGCAUAUUCAUCCGUCCGCCACGUGAUCCGUAGAGUCCGUCGAGCGGCUCAUUGUUAUCGCGUUUUUUUGAAAAAAAUUUUUCCAUUUUUUGCCUGUUCUUCACAUUUAUCAAUUCUAUGGCUAUUCCAUGAAAAACAAUGCCUAAUUAACCACACAAUUCUCAAUUGCGAACACUCUUCGACGUGACAUGACAAAAAAAUACUAGAAUUGAUCGCAGUGAUUGCUACUGAUUACCAAAAGUGCGUAAUAACAGUUACCAUAAAAAUUAAACGAACCAACCAAAACCAUGGACGUUCAACGAAUAAUUUCCAUGAAUUUCAUUCAAUUCUUUUUCCCUAACUAGAUGCAACAAGAUUUUGAAAUUAAAAAAAAAAAAAAAUAAUAACCAAAAUAUGAUCUUCCACACGAAUUUCCCUACGAAAUAGCAAAGUGCUACUCCACUUCUGGGAAUCGUUGAAAAAUUACGAAACAAACUUCGCUCUUUUUGUCAUGUAAUGUCCUAUCAUGGCUUGUAAGAAAAAAUCCUUUUUCCUAGGAGAAAAAAAUUAUGUAUGUAUCACGCAUUCUCGCGUUUUUGCACUAUACGAGAAAUCGUUUGUCGUUGAAUUUUUAUAAAAAAAACUAUAUAAAAAUAAAUAUAUAUAUAUAUAUCUUCGCGCCUUGCUACUUAACACGAAAGAAAAGAACUGUCAACUGUAAACUCGAUGGUACUGUAGUGCGAGUAGUCUAUGUUAGACCCUUGCAGCCUCAAGAGCAUCGCACAAUCCUGCACUCGCAGAAUACACUUUGUUAGAAAUUACUCCGAGUAAAAGUUUGGAAAGUACAUUUCAUCGAACGCAUCGAGCGUAAGGCGAAUCUAUGAAUACAUAAUACACGUUCGUUCAGUCCACCGGCAGCACUUCUAUGAAGAUAUUUCCAAUCUUUGUGUGUCUCCGCAAAUAUUUUAUUCAUUAUUUUAAUCGUUGCUCCUUACGUUUUCACUCGAUUAUAUUUAUAACUGAAAUCGCAGAGUGUCGAAUCAAAAGUAUAGAGAUUUCUAAUAAUCUUCGUUCCCUAACUUGGAGAAGUGAUUCGAAGCAUAAUUUUUUACGUUUCUCGACGAAAAUUUCAUUUCCAAAAAUCUUUAAGCGAUUCAAUAAAAAUCCGGGCAUUGUGCCGAUGUGUUAGAAUGAGCUUAGCGAACCUUUGGAAUGGCACUCUUCGAUUCCAGCUCUCAUCGAGAAUUGGCUCCUCCCCUUUCAGGCCCCAUAACGACCGAAUACGUCUUAUUUAUGAUAAAGCCGAGUGAUAUUUUGAAGCUUUCAACCGAGUGUGUACAAUUUUUAUAAAUAACGUUAUAAUAUUGUGUAAUAUUUUUGUCAGAGUUAAAUGUUACCAUGUCUGUUUUGUCCACUUUAAGAGCACCCAUAGAAAGAAGAGGGGAAAAAUGUAUACAGAACCUCGCUCGUUUCGGUGCCAAUAUUUAAAUGCGUUUUAGAGAGCGCUCAUCACGCACAAUUUAAUUACUGUUGUUAUCGACGAAGUUUAUAGCGAGAGAAAAAGGCUCAUCGAGUAAAAGUGAGAGAGGAGAGAGAGAGAGAGAGAGAGAGAGAGGGUGCCAGAAAAUGUGCGUUGUGAAAAGAAGCGAAAACGAACAGAAAGAACAACUUCCACGUGAUAAAGUUCCGAUCAGCGCUGCGACCAUGAUCGAUGAAUUAGCCAAUAAUUUCUUUUCAUUAUUAUUAUUACAAAAGUCAUCAGAGUUUUGUAAAUAAAUAUACAUGUGUAAAUGUAUAUAUAUAUAUAUAUUCGUGAAUAAUGAAUAAUAAUCAUUAAUUUUUUCAUUGGCAAAAUGGUUUGUUGUCGUCGCGCUGUUCCUCCGAGCUUUUUAACGUACGCCUAAUAAUAUUAAUGUUAAUUAGAUAAAAUCAAAUUAUUGUUACUUAAAAGCCGUUGUAUAUACACGUAAAAAAGAAGAAAAAAAAAAACCAGCGACGAAAAGACACUCGGAUCUUCGAUUACGUCGAUCACUGCGAAUCGCGGAUUAGUUAUAUCGAUCGAAUGUAUCUUGAAAACUAACAAUUCAGAAAAGACCUCACCGCGUUCUAUUGAAAAUCCUUCGAUCGAAGAUCCGCAGUGACAAGAAUAAAAAAAUCUCGUCAACUCAUCUCUUUAUCUCUCUAUUGACGCACCGGCGUCAAGAACUUUGACGAGCUUUUUUUAGGCUCCUCGUGCAUGAGCAUCGCCCUUAUAUGAAUCGAGCUGAAAGAAAAAUUCUUGUCAAAUUUCACCACGGUCCCGGGAAUGUAAAAUGAAAAUGAAAAAACAAACAAACAAAGAAAAAGAAAAAGGGAAAGAAAAAACACUCUCACUGUCUGUAUAUAUACAUUAUUUCAAAUAAAUGCAUAAGUAUUUAUUCAA